CGAACAGAAUCAAAGAACUCGUCUCAGCACAAUCAGUCCAAGAAGGCUCACAGAAACGGGUACCAGAUCCUCCCUCGUUGCGCACGACGUUCUCGAACGAUAGACGACUAAUAUUGAUUUACUUUGUAGCAUCAAGAAGCCAAAGACUCACAGAUACCCAUCUCUCAAGGGCACCGAUCCCAAAUUCCGAAGAAACCACAGACACGCGUUGCAUGGAACCAUGAAGGCGCUUAAGGAGGUGAAGGAGGGAAAGAGAGAUGCGGCAUAG